GUUCAAUUUCGUGCUCGAACCUCUCAACAACCCAGAAGAAGACAUUGAAAUUCUUUCUUCAAGAUGGAUACUGUAAUCUGCCCAAUUGAUGUAAGGUGUGGUGAUCAAGUUUCAGCUCUUCUCCGUCCUCCUUCUUCUCAGCAAGUUCAGGAUUAUUUUGAUGAGCUUAUGUCUACAAGACAAUGCCAUGGUCUGAAGGUUGGGCAUAAUGGACUUCACGGGAAAGGUGUGUAUGCUGGCAUGGACUUUGAAGAAGGGGAAAUUGUCUUGAGGGACCAAAUGCUAGUGGGUGUUCAGCAUCUGUCCAAUAAGAUUGAUUGUCUAGUGUGUGGCUUCUGCUUCCAAUUCAUUGGUUCCAUAGAACUCCAAAUAGGGAGAAAACUUUAUCUUCAAAGUCUAGGAGUCUCCUCCACAAGCGAUGAAUGCACGAAGGGGAUGAUGGCACACAAUUCGAAAGCCUGCUAUGGUGCAAGCUUGUCUUCUAAUGCAGAUGCUGAUCCUUACAAGGCCAAUGGCGGGGAUUUUGGAGCAUGCAGUUCCAGCAGUUCAAGUGAUACAGUUGGUUUGCCUAAGGAACUUCUUGAAUCAUUGAUGAAUGGAAGAUUGACCUUGCCUCACUCGGACAAAUUCCCACUGCCUGAAGCCAUCUCUUGCCCUGGAGGCUGUGGAGAAGUUUACUACUGUAGCAUGUUAUGUUCAGAGGCAGAUUGGGCAUCUUCUCAUUCUUUGCUUUGUUCCGGGAAGCGGUCAGAGUCACUAUCUAAGGACGCACUUCUGAGAUUCACACAGCAUGCCAAUGAGACAAAUGAUAUUUUCCUUCUGGCUGCGAAGGCAAUCGCCUUUACCAUUUUAAGGUACAAGAAACUGAAAGCAGCUUGUCCGAAAGAAACACAUAAUGGAUCAGUUGCCUGGAGUUUGCUCUUGGAGGCAUGGAAACCAAUCCACAUGGGAUACAAGAAGACGUGGUGGGACUGCAUCUCUUUGCCAGAUGAUGUCUCUGAUGAGACUGCAUUUCGAAUGGAAGUGAAGGAGCUUGCUUUUACGUCACUUCAGCUCCUAAAGGAAGCAAUUUAUGACAAGGAAUAUGAACCAUUAUUUUCCCUUGAAAUCUAUGGGAAUAUUAUCGGCAUGUUUGAGCUGAAUAAUCUUGAUCUAGUUGUGGCAUCCCCUGUAGAGGACUACUUUCUGUACAUUGAUGAUCUUCCAAAUACUGAAAAGAUCCAAGCUGAAAGAAUCACACAACCACUUCUGGAUGCUCUUGGUGAUGAAUAUUCAGCUUGUUGUCAAGGUACAGGAUUCUAUCCUAUACAAAGCUGUAUGAAUCACUCUUGUUGCCCAAACUCAAGAGCCUUCAAACGAGAUGAGGACAGAGAUGGACAAGCAACCAUCCUUGCAGCUAGAGCCAUAAGCAAGGGGGAGGAGAUUACCAUUUCAUACAUAGAGGAAGAGCUUCCAUUGGCUGAGAGAUGGGCAUCUUUGGCAGAUUAUGGCUUCACUUGCAGAUGCUCCAGGUGCCUGGAAGAAGGAGAAGAAGAGGAAGGAGGAGAAACUCCCUGAGAACUGAAACUUGGGGAAAUUGGGAAGGCAUUAAAUUGGGCUUCCCUGGGCCAAAUUUUGACAAAGCAAUGUGUUUUAGGGGUCUGUCCUUUUAGGCAGUGUGCUGAAAGAAUAAGCCACAAACCUUAUUUAUGCAUCUACUAGGAUCCGGACCGCGCUUGCUGCGGGUUUUGCUUCUUUUUUUAUGUUAUUUUUUGUUAACACAUAGUUAUGGGUGGCCGUCAGCAAAACAAAGGUAAGACGUACAUCAAUUCUGCAACAUAACCAGUCCUACUAAAAGCAAAAGGCUUCGACAUUGGGAUGGCUCGCUGGCCAUGCUUAAGGGACGAAUUGUCGUUGAAACUGGAGACUACAAUGCUCUGUGAUUGUAUAGUAGCAGCAUGCAUUAGCAGUAGCGUUUCACAAGUUAAAAAUAACCAUAGGCUUAGUUGUGGGAUGGGCACCUGAUAACCUUAUGUCCAAGCACAUUAAGUACGACCUCAGUGACAGUAUGCUAGGCUUUUCUGUGAUGAUACCGUCUUCGCCCUCGUUGAUUGCUCCACCUCCUCAUCACCUAUGUUCACCACCACUGCCUACGGUGGUUGCAGUCGCAAUGGUAGCAGCAGCAGCAGCGUGGUGCCUCACUGUAAUAGAACUGGGGCGCUAUAAUCUGCAGCUUCUCA